CGAACAGUAAGACACGUGGUUUACAUUUUGUAAACAAACUUGGCAGACUAGGAGACGUCUCGAAACAUGAAAUGUUUUGUAUAAUAUAAUAUAUGAUAACUUGUAGCCAUGACACCGUAAAGAAAAACGUCGGAAGUUGAACAGAAAUUGCUGCAUCAAAAUGGAGCAAAGAUGGAAAACACUAAAGAUAAUUCAUCAGAUGAUUUCAACAGGUUGUACAGACCUAAAUCAGAAGGAAUCAACUAAUCUGUGCUCAGUGUUUAAAAUUCUGUUGUCAUUGGAGAUAAAAUCAUGUGACCUAUAUCCAUCUCGUUGUUUACAUUGUCAUCAGUUGCUAGGGUUAACGGUUGUCAAGAUAUUAUAUGAGAAUUGUAAUGAAGAACCAUGGCGACGCAUUUGUUUAACAUUUGAUGGGUGUUUAGAGGAUAUAUUGAUAAAAUGUAUAUUUCAAGGUGAUAAAUUUAUGAGUUAUUCUGCACAAAAGACUGUGUUAGCCAUCUUGAAGUCAGAUAUUUAUUUGGAGGAAAGAAAAUCAAACCUUCUAAGAAAAAUCGUGGAAGGAAUUGAACAAAAGGAAUCCAGAUCAGUUCAGAUAGUUCUAGAAAUAUUAUGUCAAUUAGUGUCGAGAAAGAACGAUCAAACUCUGAAUGAGAUUUGUUUUAAAAUUAUGCAAUCAAAAUUACCUCACGUUUUACAGCUGGCAAAAUGUGGAUCGGGUUCGGUUCUUAAACUGGAAAUUUUUACACUCGUUCAAAAAACUGUAAAAUAUAUAAAUCGACAACCAAAACGUGAAGAACGGAUGAAAACAGUUUUAGGUGAUUUUCUAUUAGAAGUGAUUCCUGUGAUAUUCUGUGAUUCGAAUUUAGACAAGAUGUCGAUCAGAAAAUUAUUGGAUAUUUUCAACACGAUGCUGAACUUUUCUGAUUAUUUGAUUUUACAGAAAAAUUUGGAUGAAUUUUUUUUAAGAUUUUGUUUGAAGUUUUAUGAGUCUUUGUCUGAGAAAGGAUUUUUUGAAAAUGUGACGACACGUAACGUUGGAUUUACGGGUUGUUUGGUUCGGAGGUCUCGACUUGAUCUUCCGUUAUUACGGAGAUUAAUUUUACUGACUUUUACUGUGUUUAAUGUGAUAAUUAAACAUGAUCGGGAUUUGGAACUCGAUGAUGUUGUUAUUUGUUUAGAGAAUUGUAUAAAGAGUAUUGGUCAGUUGAUGUCGCUAUCAGAUGAUGAUAUAUCACUACAAUGGCUCCCUCUAGUAUUAGAAGACCAGGAUGAUGCGUAUAUCGAAUGUUUACUUUGUUUAUUAGAUUUAAAUAUCUCCUUAUAUAAAAGAAAUCCAGAAUUGCGAGUUUUGAAGAGCAUUGAUCCAUAUCCUCCGUUUUUACAAUUGUUAGAAACGACAAAUUACGAUCAUAGCGUUGUUAUUGACUGGCUUGUCUCCCCUGAAACAUGUUUUCUGCUCUAUUUCUUCCGUUUUUUAAGAACUAUUGUCGGUGAUUGGUCACAGUUUGUUGCUGCUGUUCAUUCCAAAUAUGGAAAGGAUUGUAAAAAAGAAAAAAUGGUGUUUGUUGAAGAAUCAGAAUCAAAAUCAGAGAAAUCAUGUCUGGUGACACCUAAAGAAAUGUCUGAAAAUUAUGUUGAAGUGUCUGUUGUAGAUGGUAGAAAAACAACAAAUGGUUUAAUGGCCGAUAAUGUGGCAAAUGAAUCGUGUGAAAUGGAAAUUGAUUCUGUAAGGCCAAAUUCCGUUCAAAAUGUCACAGAUGCUUGUAACAAAGAUUGUGUCGUUGUAACGGCCGAUAAUGCGAUGAAUGAAUUGUGUGAAAUGGAAACCGAUUCUGUGACGCAAAAUUCUGUUGAAAAUGUCGCAGAAACUUGUACUAAUUUAGAAAUUGAAGAAAAUGAUAUGACUCGGGAAGGCAAACAUUUACUAGGUAUUCAGAAUAUAAGUCAAAGUAAUGAAAGAGUGAACAGUAUUAACGAGAUCACUAAAUUCAACGUCCAUGAUGAUAAUAUCAGACAAGUAACGAGUGGAUUGGCUGCUAUCAUGUCAUAUGAUGAUGAUGAUGAUGAUGAUGAUGAUGAUGAUGAUGAUGAUGAUGAUGAUGGUGGUGGUGGUGGUGGUGUUGAUGAUGUUGAUGGUGGUGGUGGUGGUGGUAGUGAUGAUGAUGAUGAUGACCAAAACAUAGACUGUGAUAAUAAUUCCUUACAUAUUGAGAAAAGACAAUAUUCAGAUUUUAAAAUAUCUGCCGGGAGCAAGAAGUUGGGAAGUAACAAUAAAAAUUCUUCGAAUAGACAUGAAAGUGUUAAUAAAAGUGACGUUAAUCCAAAUAUUUCUGAACUUGCGUGUAACAGUGAAACUGAUUGGACAGCAAGAGCAUGUGAUAUGUUGUGUUUAGAACGGGUUAUGGGUAUGUUUAUUCGUGUAAGAAUGAAGAUAGAAAGACUAGUCGAUCAAGACUUGUUUCCCUAUAAUCCAGUCCCAUUAUUAAACUUGGUAAUACAGUGUGAAAGCUUGUAUGAAGCCUAAUUUCUCUACCAGUUAAUGUGAUCAAUGCAAAAAUUAUUUGGAAACUUAAAAGUUUUGUUGUGUUAUGUUUUUUAGGUUUAAAUUGUUGAUUGUGUAUUGGUUAGCUGUGCCUUUUCCCUCCCAAUUACUUACAAUGUGUAUAGGUUAGGUGUGCUGUCUCCCUCCCCAAUUACUUACAAUGUGUAAAGGUUAGCUGUGUCGUUUCCCUCCCCAAUUACCUACAAUGUGUAAAGGUUAGCUGUGUCGUUUCCCUCCUCAAUUACUUACAAUGUGUAAAGAUUAGCUGUGCUGUUUCCCUCCCUGAUUAUUUACAAUUAAAGAUUAGCUGUGCUGUUUCCCUUCCUAAUAAUUUAUAGUUAAAGGUUGGCUGGUCGUUUCCCUCCCCAGUUACUUUUACAAUGUGUAAUGGUUACUUGUUUGUCAUUUGAUAGAUUUCUUAUAGCAAAAUAUUUGAUGUACUUUUUCACAAGUCCUAGUUGGGAUUUCUUGUGAAACGAGACUCGGGAUAGGUAAUCUACGUAGUCCAUCUUGUUAGUCUGGUUAAACCAGACUAAAAUGAAAGCGACAAGAUGAGAAAUUCAAGAUGGAUGUAGAUGUUUAUUUAUAGAUUAUAUAUACAGAUGUUCAUCAAUAUUUACAUUUAUACAUCAUAUUAUUCUCUUUACUUAUAUGACUGACUAAAAAAACAAACAAGACAGAAAUAUUAACUUUAAUUUCCUUUAUAUUUCACUGAAACGUGGAUUGAAUGUAGGUUUCAUCCAUAUAUCCCUCAUAGUACACUGUAUGGCGUAUGCUUGUCUUCAUUAGCCCAGUCGAAGCAGAACAGGAGGAUGUUAAAGAUACGUUCCUGUGUACAAACUCAGUGAUUUGAUGAUGUAUUUGGACUAAAAACAUAUUCAAAUCCUUCUCAAAACACUGUUUUCGUGAGGGAAUACCCCUACUAUAAAAAAUCUAUUAAAAGAAGUCAUGUUUGUGACACGUGACUUAGCUGACGCACUACCUAGAAUUGGGUGCGAAGCCAGAGGAGAAUUUAUUGCAUACACAAGACGAUGUUGUCUUUAAUCGCUAUCCAUAAAUCAUAAAUGUAGAAGCCUAAUUAAAUUCUCAGAUUAUCCACUGCCCACGUCUUUUUUCAUGGUUUUUAUCUCAGAAAGUGUUGUAUGUCUAACUCUUCAUAAAGUUUAUCACCAUAUACAUCAAGCGCUCAAUCUUCGCGUGCUACCUUUGACAUGACGCAAGCAGACAUUCCUUCAUGUAAUCGUCGGGCUGUCGAUUACGGAAACCCUUACAUUUUUGUCCUGUAUGUAUCCCAUGAGUGUUUUUAAGGGAAUCCAAUAUUUUUCUAGUAAGAUUGGAUAUUUCUACAUUCCAUAUAUACCAAAAUUGCCAUACAUUUUUUUUUUAGAAAUAACCACCUGAUAAAUACGUUUCUGAGAAAGUAUCUUUAAACCAAGCCUGGAAAUAAGGCACCUGUCACAGACAAUGUCGGGCACAGAUUCAGGGUUUGUCAGGCACAAAACCGCUGGUGCCUGUCAUUUUUUCAGCAAUGAUUUGUCUUUUUUAUUGAUAUUAUUAAUACAUGUCCGACACUAAGUUGAAAAUGUCGGGUACUAUUUCAUUAGUGCCGGACAUUUUGUCGGGUACAUCUAAAACCGUUAUUUCCAGGCUUGCUUUAAACUCCAUUUUAUGUCAUUUCA